AUGCCUCUGAAGAGGCAUGAGGCUCCUGAUGGAGCGUCUAGUAUUAUUGGUAUUAUGAUUAGUAUUAUUGGUAUCUUUGCUUUUCCAGCUUUUAUGGUUUAUGAUUUCAUACAAGAUUUCAACGAAAUCCCCAUCGUUCCGAAAAUAGAGUUAGCUUCUAUGGAGUUCACGGUGCACAAUAUUACACAGAAUCAUCUUAGUGCAAAUUGGGAUUUGUCCAUAAGGAUCUCUGAUGAUCUACCUGGUAAUUAUAUAUGUCUUCAAGGAGACCUUCAAGCUUCCUUUCUUUACAAGAAUGUUACUCUCGCUACCUCAUCCCCUGAAAAAUACUACAACCUUAACUACCAAGACCCACAGCUUCUUAAGGUUUCAGCUGCUCUUGUUUUCGAUAAAGAUAUUAGCAGUUCCAUUGGAAAAGACAUUAUAAGAGAGAUACAAAAGAAGAAGGAAGUGCAGUUCGCAUCGCGGUUUACUCUAACUGAUUGCAGAGAAAACACAACAGGAGUUAUGAGUUAUGAGUGCGAUGAAAUCACCUUGAGGUUCGAACCUGGAUCAGAAGAGAUGAAGGCGACUACUGUGUUUGGGAACCAUCCGAACUGCGUCAAUAUUUGA